GCCCCGCGCAUGCGCGUUCGGCGCCGCUCGCUCCGCCAUUGAGGGAGCCACCACGAUCAGCAGGAAAGGGUCAGAGUCACUUCGACAGGCAGCAGCUGCACGCUUCUCUAGGCUCAACUUUGGGCUCGAGCUUACGGUCCUCGUUAACUCUGGACUCGCGCUCCUCUCGACUGCCGCGGAUGAUUCCGGCUGACAACCGUGUGUGCCGCCGCCGAGGGACGCGCGUUGUUGUUUCCUUUUAAACCGGAUUGCGAAAGUAACGGGGAGCCUCGGCUAGCAGCAGCGGCUAUAACGAGGCUAUAGCGGGCUAGCUAACGUUAGCUGGCGACCUGGCUAGCUGCACACGAGCUGAGCACUGCUCGGUGGCGGGGCGGGGGGGGCGGUGUGCCAGCAGCGUCGUUUGAUGGAUCCGAGGAUCGCCUGGUUUCAACCAGAACAGCUUGGACCCGCGAACGACCUGUGGAUGCAGAUUUGGGAGACGACCCAGGGGCUCGGCUACUUGCAUGUGAAUAACCGAUACACCACCGGACCUCAGAGCGCGUCGAGUGUGAAGGCGACCGUCAACGGUGCGCCGGGAGCCGUCCUCGGCAGCAGGAACGGGGCACUCGACUCCAGCAACACCGGCGGCGGCGGCGAAGCGCGGACCCGGGGGAUGUCGACCUCAACGGGGGACGGAGGGCUGGCGGAGCAGCGGGACUUUAUACCACUGGAAACCAAUAGCAACCACAACAACCGAGCCACUGGCAGGGGCGGCGUCGCCGUCGGCCGGGGGCAGCAGCAGCAGCAGCAGCAGCAGCAGGGCAGCGGGGUCUCCGUGCUGUCGAGGGGGCCGACGGACGGGCACCCCAACAAACGGAAACGGGACAACAAAGCGAGCACUUUCGGAUUCUAUUCCCUGCCCUGGAACGGCGGCUCCGACGCGGGGGGCUGCGACGGCUACACGGGCACGCCGUGGAAAGCCCGGAACUACUCCGAGGGAAUCGUGGGGUUACACGAGGAGAUCAGCGAUUUCUAUGAGUACAUCUCCCCGCGACCGGAGGAGGAGAAGAUGAGGCUGGAGGUGGUGGACAGAAUCAAGGGGGUCAUCUACGACCUGUGGCCCAGCGCUGAGGUCCAAGUGUUUGGGAGCUUCAGCACGGGGCUGUACCUUCCAACAAGUGACAUUGACCUGGUCGUUUUUGGGAAGUGGGAGACGCUGCCACUCUGGACACUGGAGGAGGCUCUGCGGAAGAGGAACGUUGCAGAUGAGAACUCCAUCAAGGUUUUGGACAAGGCCACGGUUCCCAUCAUCAAACUGACGGACUCUUUCACUGAGGUCAAAGUGGACAUCAGCUUCAAUGUGAAGAGUGGCGUCAAGGCCGCUCGCCUCAUCAAGGAAUUCAAAGAGAAAUACCCUGUGCUGCCUUACCUGGUGCUGGUGCUGAAGCAGUUCCUACUGCAGAGGGACCUCAAUGAGGUGUUUACCGGUGGAAUCGGCUCCUACAGCCUGUUCCUCAUGGCCGUCAGCUUCCUGCAGCUUCACUGUAGGGAGGACGUGUGCAGUCCCAACAUCAACAUCGGUGUUCUGCUCAUUGAAUUCUUCGAGCUCUACGGUCGCCACUUCAACUACCUGAAGACAGGCAUCAGGAUAAAAGAUGGAGGUUGCUACGUCGCCAAAGAUGAGGUCCAGAAGAACAUGAUGGAUGGCUACAGGCCCUCCAUGCUCUACAUUGAGGACCCACUGCAGCCAGACAACGACGUUGGCCGCAGUUCAUACGGUGCCAUGCAGGUGAAGCAGGCAUUCGACUACGCCUAUGUGGUGCUCAGCCACGCCGUGUCACCCAUUGCCAAGUACUACCCCAACAACGAGACGGAGAGCAUCCUUGGCCGAAUAAUCCGGGUGACACAGGAAGUGGAUGAAUACAGGGACUGGAUCCGAAAGAACUGGGGUAGCCCAUCCCAGAAUGACCUGCCACACAACAGAAAUGACGUCACACUAUUUGAGUCCCAGCAGCUCGAUGAGUGCAACAACAAUGUUCCGGACGAUGAUGACGACGAUGACGACGACGAUAUUGUUGUGGUUCUGCCGUCAGCCCCUCACAGCAAAACCUCCUCCAACUCUUCGUCUCCAUCCCCUUCACUGCGCUCCACUCCUUCCUCAUCUCCGCUGUCGCCUUCUUCAACAUCCUCCACCUCCAGCUCCAGCGACGCGGACUCUGAUGGCACACCGUGUAAGACAGCCAAGCAGCAGUCGGGUCGGGGUCCCAGCGCCCACAGAGAAAAGUCGGCGGCCGUCAGUAACCACCGAACACAGAGCCACACUACGAGCACUCCAUCUGGAAGCAACAAGGGGGGAAAGGCCAGGAUGUCUCGUUCCCACCACAAGAGUGGCCACCACGGGCAACAGAGCUCCUCAUCCAGCACCAAAAGUCACCCGGGCAACAAGCCACACCACCAGGGCAACAGCAAGAAGAGGAAAAAUGUACGUGACUCUACGCAAGAAGAUCUCUGCAGAUAGGGUCAACCUCGCCUGCCCCCCACCCCCACCCCCGUCCUCGUCUGCAACUGACUGCCUGUCAUGUCCCACUUCUGCUGCCAGACUCCAGCCUCAGGAGGUUGAUAGUAGUAUCAAAACAACUUCCGUUUCUGUCUCUCUGUCAAGCUUUUUGGGAUGACGAGCAACAAUUUCUUGCAGAAAAAAUAUGAACAAAAAAAAAAAAAAAAAACAAAAAGAAUCGUUAUAGGAAAUGGGGUGUAAUUUCUUGGACCUGAACUGAAAUCACAAAAGGAUAAAUGCUCAUUUGCUUCCCAAGAGCUUCUUAUAAGGAGCGGUUUUCCUGCCCUCAGCCAGCACCUACACAACAUGCCUCUUGCGCCUCCUGCUGUUCAGGAGUACACAGGUCAGGUUUCUGGAAUCUACUCUGGAGCAAUACAUGGAGCUGCUGGCUGGAAGAAAAAAGGAUCAAAAAUUUUAUCCAAAAAAAAAGAAAAGAAUAAGCAAAUGGCUUGAAAUGUAUAGAAACAGAAAUGUUAUGUUUAACAACAGAAAAAUAUGUACACAGAUUUUUUUUUAAAAAGAUGGUAACUUACAAAUGCAAUCAGUAAGAGUGGGACAUAACUUAUGCAUGAGAUUUUUUUUUGUUGGUUGAUUUUUAUGUUGGUUUAAUCUGUUUUGUUAUGUCCAAACAGGUUAUAAAAUGAUUUGUACAAAAAAGCACCAGGAAAAAGAAAAAAAAAGUUCAAAAGUAUAUAAGUAAAAAGGAGAUUGUUUUUCUUAUGACAUUUUUACAAGAUAUACCGAUUGAAGAUAUGUAAACAUGCACAUCUUGUGCCCGCAGCAUUUCGGCCAAAGCCGAGGGCUGGUCCGGGUCCCAUUGCCAACAUAAAUCAUCAGCAUCUACUUUUACUCUUGGUUGCUCUCUGUGAGUGUGCUACAGUGUUCAAAAUUUAGCCUUGAGUGAGCCACUGCUCACGCACAGCCCUAUAGACGACUGGCUGAGGGAUCACCAUCAGGUCACGACAGUGUAGAGGCUUUAAGAUGACCGCUUUAAACGAAUAGGAGGUGAUAAUGGUUUUAUUGAAAAAUCCUACACUUGAAAAAAAAACAACAAAAAAAAAAAAACUUGUGUUAAAAAAUACAACUGUGGGUGAUGAUCUGUUCUUUGGGUAAUUUGCAGACUACAAAAAAAAAUCAUUUCUAUUUGUUAAAUGUAUUUAUUUUUUUAUUAAUUAUAUGAACAUAGUAUGGAUAAAUGUAUUAUUAACAUUAGAGCCCAUAUCUUUGAGUCCUAUAUUUGAAAAAGGAUGAGUCGCAGGGAGGUGGGCUGGAACCAGGUAUAUUCAGGUACAGUAAAAUACCACCUUUUUUUCUUUCUUUUUUUCUCUCAAAGUGACAGUUGAGUGACCAAGUUACUUUGAAAAGCCUGAGAGACCACUUUACAAGUCAUACAGUGAUAAUUGUUUUUUUAAACUGGCUGGUCAACUGACUUUAAAAGGGAGCGGAUUGUGUUUUCUUUCUUUUAAAAAAACAAACAAAAAAACCCUUCAUUUUAUAAACUCUCAUAGCAACAAAAACCCUUCAAUGUCAACACCCCCCUCCCCUCUGCCGUUGCAGUGCAACAUACUAGCCUGUAGAUGGAGUCCUUGCUCUUGAGUCUUUAAUCCACACAGUUUGGGGCUUGUAUACUGCAUUUGGACUGGUUUAUCGCUGCAUUAUGGUUUGUGAUUGACUGACAAUACACUGAUAUUUCAAGUGGACGGGCAGCUGCACACACAGAAACCCCGUUAGGCUCAGCGCUUGAGGGAGGGAGUAACACCAAAGCACAGUGCAGACCCCCCAAUUUGCCUUUGUCCCAAAUGUGACCACCCACGUUGAAAACUAGUAGCCAGCAAUAACUACCACUUUACAUUAAAAAUGAUAUAUAUACACAGACACAAGUGCAUUGUCCCCCCCAUCAUCAUCAUCAUAAUGAUCCUCAUCAUCAUCAUCAUCAUCAUGAUCCUCAUCAUCAUCAUCCCGGUUUAAAUGCAGUAUACAAACGCUGCUUGUGUGGUUGAUGGGGGCAAAGAGGAAGGGGACUAAAGUGAGCCGGGGCCACCUUGAAUGUCCACUGAGCAUUUCUUUUUUUCACUGCAGGACGACUUCACCACACAACUGUACUCAUCUGAAACUUUGUUUCUCUGCAGCUACUACAACCCAUGCAAUAAAAAAAAACUGUACAACUA